UACAGUUUCUAAGGCGAAUGGCAACCGCUUAUUAAUUCUUUUCCUUUUCACAAAUAACGAUUAUGUGAUCAAUCCCCACCCUUCUAUAUAACUAAAGAUUCACUUGCAAUGCUUGUUCCUAUUUUUACCCUCAAACUGGGCCAUAAGAUUCAUCCUCGAACAGCAGCGUUAGGUCGUUACGAUGGAAGACAUCCAUGUCUGACAGCAGGCACAACUGCUGGAAAGGUUGGCGAUUUUUGUUUUGGUACUUUUUUAUUAUUAUCGAAAUAUGGUAUUUUUUUCUGGCUUAUCCAAAUUGGAUAAAUAGUUACUGAAACAAGGAAUCGUGCUCUCGUCUGAAACAGGAAGCAACGCGAGCAACUGUGUAAAACAUACCGGGUGACUAGGUUCUAUUUAUUUGAUGUCGGCAAUAAACAACAGAGAAACUUUUUUCCGUUUGGCUCUGUUUGGCGGCCAAAAAUACUGAUAUGGUGGCCAUUUUUUAAUCGAAGAUAGCUGAAGUUUGGACUUAUCACUGCUUUCGUAUAUUACAAAUUGAGAGUCUUGAAAGGCUUGACAAUUUUUAGUCAGUUGGAGCUGUUGAACUUUUUUUCCCAUAGCAUGCGAGAAAGAAAAAAUCAGAAUCUUUUUUGAAGAUUCAACUCCAUUGAAGUCUUAAUUUCAUGGGCAGGUGAUCCUCUAACUGAGCCACGAGGAACAACUUGGCAAACUGCAGGCUUGACCAGGCUUGAUUUUGACAAUUUUUCUGCAUAUAGGGAGGUUUGAUCAAGAAUGCCGAAAAUGAAUAUCAAGAUGUUUUUGUUUCAGAUUACGAUGAACUAAUUUGUUUAGACAAAGGCAAAUUAAUUCAAAAUUGAUUUGAAGUGUAGGAUCAUAGCAUAUGAUAUACCCAAGACUUUUUAUGAUCUAAUGGUGAAUUAGAAGGGACAUUGAGAGAAUAUGUUCUACAGGUAUCCGGUUAGAUUGCACCAUGGUUAGAUUGCUCCCAGUUAGAUCGCUCCAACCAAAAGUUAGAUCGCUCCACUCGAAAGUUAGAUCGCUCCAUCAAAUAAGUUACUUCGCUACCAACAAGGUACUUCGUUUCAUGUUGUAAUGUGAAGUAUUGCUUAGCAAUGAUCUUUAAAGUUCAUAGGUGAUGAUGUGUCUUGCGACGAUUCGAGUACAUCGUAUUCACUCUGUCCUUCAGAUUAACCACCUAUAUAUUUAUAUAUAUAUAUAGAGGUGACUAGAAGCAUAGCGAUGAUGGAAUAAAUGAUCGUGGUUACACUUCGUGAGUCUGUUACAUGAGGCUUCAUUUGUUCUCUCUGCGUAACUCAGAUUUAUUUCAAGCGCGCGCGAGCGAUAUUAAUCGAUUGUUAAGUAAGAUAUACACGUCAUUUGAUGAAUUAUAAAUUUAGAUAGCUUAGUUUUGCUACCUUUACCUUAGUUUUCUACACGGAGAGAAGUAACUUAUAUUGAUGGAGCGAUCUAACUUUCGAGUGGAGCGAUCUAACCUUUGAUUGGAGCGAUCUAACUGGGAGCGAUCUAACCAUGGUGCGAUCUAACCAUAAUUCGUUCUACAUUAAUGUGUGUUUCUUAGAAACUGGACUCAAGAGGGAGUACUUUGAGAUGCACUUCAUUUCAUCAUAAUUUCUUUCAUUAGAUCUUUUGUAUUAAUCAAUUUUCCAUGUAUAUUUAAAUGAAAUGUCAUUUAAUCUGUCUUAUGAUCUUUGGUAUUUAGGUUUUUAUCCACAAUCCCCAUAGUGGCACCCUUCAGGGAGGCAGAGCAAUUGCAAGUCAUGAUACCGACAUUAGUAUUUUAAACAUCAACCAACAAGUUUCUGCUGUUGCAGCUGGUCCCUUGAACACCUCUGGAUGUGACACACUUCUUGUUGGUACACCCACAAACUUCUUAGCCUAUGAUGUGGAGAACAAUUCUGACCUGUUCUAUAAAGAUGUAAGUGACUGAGUGGUAAUACUGAAUUAGGGCCUAGGUGGCCAUUUGGUAGAGAAGAAAAAAAAUCAGGAAAUUAUGCAGAAUUUCUCAUGCUCCCAUUUCAAUACAUCCUCAAAUUAGCGCUCCCCCUGAAUUAAAUUUCUCUUUUCCAGUUGAAGUGCAUCCUCCCAUUUACAAAAUCAGACUGUGUGCCUUUUUCCCUUUGAAUAGGCCCCAUUCCCUUCCCUCAAUCAAGUCUAUUUACUAAGUAAAAUGAACUACAGUAUUAAAAAAAAUGGUAUUAAGAAGUUGAAAACAAAUUGGUAUUGUAUUAAAAAUUUGUAGAAAAAAGGAUAAAAAUUUAAACUGGAUUAUGUAGUGAAGAAAAAAAAUCAGUUAGUACUAGGUGCUGUGGGAGAAACAGUUACAGGUAUUGAAUGUUAAUUUUAAUGGUACAAGUUCAUUUGGUUGUUCAAUAUUUUUAGAUUGCAGAUGGAGCCAAUGCAAUUGUAACAGGCAGACUUGGAUCUUUUGAGAAUCCUUUGGCGAUAGUGGGUGGAAACUGUUCAAUUCAAGGAUUUGACUUUGAAGGCAAUGACGAAUUCUGGACAGUAAGUAUUGGUAAUUGUAAGUUGAAGUCAACUGGUUGCUUGUCACCUUAUAUAGCAAUAACUGGGGGGUGGUAUGGGGAGUUGGGUUGUCAUUUUGUGUAACUUACAUCUGUUUGUAAACUAAAUAAAGCACCAAUCCAGUCAGGGAAACGUGAGUUGAAGAGGUCUAUUUUUCUUGCUUUGAGUAUGCAGUCAAAAUGUUACAAUUGUUUUUGAAAGUGAGUACAUAUAAGGCAAACUAUGAUACUUAUCGAUUAUCACCACCAUAAACAUUAACCAAUGUAUUUAACAAUGAAUAUAUAGAGGAGGUUUUGCAUCUUAAAAGCUAAUAGAAAAGUAAAUAAUCCAUUUACAAAAUAAUGUAAUUUUUGUUUUUGGCUUUUUUUUUUUUUGGCAGACAUGUAAAAGUAGUAGCAAAAAUACUAAACUUUAUUCUUCUGUCCCAUUUGUGGCAUCCAUAGGUGACAGGAGACAAUGUGUGCUCCUUGGCAAUGUGUGAUUUUAACAGUGAUGGAUUGGCAGAGGUAUUUUGUCUGCAGUGUUGAUAAAAUGUCAAAUAAUCUCAAUUGUGGCUUUUGCAAAUGUGAGCACUCUAUCAAGGCACUCAUGAAUUUCUCUCCUUAACCCUUUUACUCUCAAGAUCUCAUUAGUAAUUUUCCUUACUGUCUGCCAUACAAUUCUUAUGGAUAAUUUGGUAUUGGAUCAACUGAUAAUCCCCUAAUUGAUAUUUUACUUUAUUCUCAUUACUUGUCUGCUUGAUAUUGUAUUUAUAUUGUUCAGAAAAAUUCUCUCAUAGUCACUUGUGCGAGGUAAAGGGUUAAUGGUAAGUUUUCUGCGGGAUUAAGUUCACAUUUUACAAUUUUACAAUCACUAUAUUUUUGAUUUGCACAGUUACUUGUUGGCUCAGAGGAUUUUGACAUCCGAGUUUUUAAAGAAGAUGAAAUUAUCGCAGAAAUGACUGAAACUGAGGUUGGUGCAUCUAUCUCUUUUCAAGAACCUAUUUAUAUCCUGCAAUUGUGAACAUUGUUGUUAUAAUUAUUUUUCAUCUUCUGUCCAUAGUCUGUAACCUCUCUAUGUCCAAUCCGAGGAUCUCGAUUUGGUUAUGCUUUGGGAAAUGGUACUGUGGGAGUUUAUGACAAGACAGCAAGAUACUGGAGAAUAAAGGUACAAAGUUGAUAUUAUUUAAAAAAAAAAACUCAAAUUAGCUCACAGGUUCACUAUUGACACUUGUAACAGUACUGUUAGUUGUCUAAUACAGGGUUCUCAAUAGAAGGCGGCACCCAGCGAUUGAACACCGCUUACUUUGGGAUUUAUAGCCGCUUACUUUGUGUUUAAGUCGCUUUUCUUUUCUUUGUUUUGUUCUGCAAGUUUGCUUGAGUUGUUUCCAAAUUUUUCUUCCGUUUCUUGCAUGACUGUGAUCCAAACAAAACCAGGAAACUUGCUUACGGUUCUGGACUCAAUCGAUGAAUGCCAUUUUACUUGAGCCCAGGCGUUCACGGUGAAACAUGGUAACGAGGCCUCCUACUUUAUCAGUGAUCACCUCCUACUUAAAAAUCUAUUGAGAACCCUGUAAUACCUUGCCUUGUCAGCUAUUAUUUUUUGGCCAUUUCAUUUUACCUGCUGCCAAGACAACUGCAUUUGCCUUAAGCUUUUGUAAUCACCACACAAUCUCUUCCCAUGUGAUUGUGUAAACUGUUUGACUUUGGUACCCUACUUAUUCCUUCAGUCCUUAAUUUUGCUCAUUUGCCUUGUACAUAACUCAGACCACAGUGUUAGAAUUGACAAAAUUUUAGUCUACGAAACACUUGGAAAAGUGCUUGAUCAUUGUCCUGUCAACGCAAUACUUAGAGAAGACUUCAUUUAUCGGUUUUUUUUUAAAUAUAUCGAUUGUUUUAACAGUCAAAAGUGGACUAAGUAAAAUUAACACUUUUAAAUGAAAGGCUUUUGAUAAACAAUGUGUUCCUCUCAAGAAAGUAUGGUUUAAUACAGUUAUCACUGGCUUAUUUCAUAAGAAUUAUACUAACAUGCAGUUUUUCUGCCAAUCCACUCAGGCAGUUGUGGUUGUUUUCCAUCCCCUAGCACAAUCAUCCCUCCUUAAAUCCUUUUUUUUAAAUUUAAUUUUUUUUUUUCUUUUUUCAGUCAAAAAACCAAGCAAUCACCAUUCACAGUUUUGAUCUUGAUUCUGAUGGAGUGCCAGAGCUCAUCACUGGUUGGUCCAAUGGAAAGGUGAAGAUAUUCUGUCUAAUUGCAAAAGAAAAAGUAAACUUAUGUCUAGCAACUCUAGCAUUGAUAGUAAAAUGGGUCAGUCAAGGACAGUGUCUUACAGUGAUCUUCUACUUCCCUAUUUACUCAACACUUCAACACUUAAUCGACCCCAAAGAGUGUCACUAACAUCUCAUUUCACCCAACAAUAAUUCACCCAUGCAUCAAACAUUGAUGUCAAGAGAGUAAAAGAAAUGAUCUCCAUUGAUCUAGAAGUUCCCAAUUGUUAGGCAAAUUCUUACUCUGUGCCUUACAUUUCCCAUAAUAUCCCAUCAAUGGAUAUUUCCUUAAAUGUUAUUGCCCCUCAGCUUGACACUGCAUUGACAUGAUAAGAAAAAAUUUCUUGUUGUUCAGAGCCUACAAAUUGGCUAAAUGUCUUCAUGCUAGUAAUUAAUGUUUUGCCAAGAAUAGCACUUGUCAACUAUUCUUUCUACUUCCUUUGUUUGUUUUAGUCAUCACAUUUUGUAAACUCCUUUUGCACAUUCUUAGAUUGAUGCUCGUAGUGACAGAACAGGGGAGGUGGUGUUUAAAGAUAACUUCUCUGCUGCCAUUGCUGGUAUACUUGAAGGAGACUAUCGUAUGGAUGGAAAAGUGGAACUCAUUUGUUGUUCAGCAGAGGGGGAAGGUAAUUUUAAUGCACAUGUUGAGUUAUGCAGUGUGUCAGUCGCACUUGUAUUGAAGACAUCUCAAGAGGAUAAACUACUUUUAAAUCUCUGGAAGCUGAAAUAAUAGUUGGUUAUUAAUAACUAAAAGAACACGCUUUAUUUUGGCUUACUGGUGUAAUAAUCCAUGCAGGAUGUGUGCAUUUUAAUGCUGGUAAAGCGAUCAAAAGUGUGGUUUAUUGCUUUCAUUAAAUAAGCUUAAAACAAAACACAGUAUAUCUUAAUCUUUCUAUUGGGUUCCCGGUGCAAUAAACGAUAGGUUUUUGACCAGUCAGGUAGCUUAAAUGUAGGAUCUCAGGCUUUUUUUCAUAAAUGGUAGUAUCCCAGUUUAGUCUUUAAGCUUAUUAUUUGUAUUAUUAUUUAUAACGAGUUUUGAAGACGAGCUUGUAACCUGUGGGCUUCAUAUCCUCAGCACUUUGAUGAGCCAACAACAAGGCAAUAGAAAAAGCAUGAUAGGGAAAAAAGGAGUGGCUUGCAAGGGGGCUGGAUAGGGGUUUGAUUGUUUUCUUCUUGCCUUUGAGAAUUGUCUUCUCAUGUUUCUUUUUUUUCACCCAUCUCAGUUCGUGGGUACUUGCCAGCAUCUGCUGAAAUGAAGGGCAACUUGAUGGAUGUCAAUGUUGAACAAGAUGCACUACGAGACUUGGCACAAAGAAAACAGAAUUUAUUGUUGGAAUUGAAAAACUAUGAAGAAAAUGCUAAGGUAAGAAAUUUAAUUUAAUCUUGUUCCUGGUGGGGGAUGUGAUGAUAUCAUGGCUGCCAGUACUCCAAGCAUCCUCUUACUGGCUAGUUAAUUACUAACAAUAUAAAUAGGAGGAGAGCAACAUCAUUGUACUGACAGAAGCAAAAGUUAAGAAUGGAAGAAAAGGUGGGAUGAGCAGUUGUUGUAUCCUCAGUCUUCUACUGAAACAAGCUAAUGUCACAUGUCAUUUGACUCUGAAUAGUGUGUGUUAUGUAGAAUAUGUAAUUUAAAGGGAGUCCUAUGUUUAGUUUCAGCCCUUUUUUGGCUGUUUGUCAUCAGCCCAGUGCUAGUGUUCAAUAUGGUUAUGUCUGAGUUUUUCUUAUUAGUAAAUUUCCAUCACAGUGAUUACUGUUCAAAACUUUAAUUAUUGAUAUUUGUUCUGACUGAGUAAGUGAUAUCUUUCUUGGGGUCUCAUUCACUCUUUGUUUCUUCCCACCUGAGUGAGAGUUAGGUUUAGGGUGACUAGCUUGAAAUUAUUUGUUGGUGACGUACAAAAAUGUACUGAUCAAAUAGUUCGGUAGGGAAAAUUCAUGUCACAGCUGCAUUUCUAACUAACAAAAGCCCCAGGCCAAUGAAAUAGGCAAAUAAUAUGACUAAAUUAUCAUAGGUUGGAAAGGUUGGAGGUCAAGAGGUUGAUCAAUCACAGAUGGGAGUCAUACCAGCCAGCACUCAACUGCAGACCUCACUGUUGGUAAACCCAGGAAGUGAACAAGUUCAGCCACAUGUGCAGCUCUCAAUUUCAACUACCAAUGAAACUAUUAUCCGGACUGUGAUGAUAUUUGCUGAAGGAGUGUUUGAGGGGGAAAGUCAUGUUGUCCAUCCCUCACAACAAAAUUUAAAGUCAUCUCUUCAAGUUCCAGUGUUCCCACCCAAAGAUAUUCCUGUUGAUCUUCACAUCAAAGCUUUUGUUGGCCAGAAAUCCAGGUUAGUGGACUUGUUAAUUCCUCUGUCAGUGGAUAAGUCACUAGUUUAAAGGGGCAAAAUAAUAAUCAUUGGUGAUGUAGUCCAGAAUGGCAGCAACAUUUCCAUUGUUGAUUGUCAACAACAGAGACAGACACAUCUACAAUCACUUGAGCCACAUUGUGGUCAUGUGAUUUGAUGAUGACCCCUACCCAGGUGGUCAAGGCACUGGUCACAGAGACCAAUAACAGCUCAGCUGUCAACUGGACAGUCAUGGCCACCAUCACUUCAGAUAGAGCAGUUUUAUCAAAAGCAAGAUCAUUUGAUGAGUGAUGUUCUUGAGCUGAAUUCUUUCCUCCAAUAAAAUCUCUCUCCACUUUAAAAGGAUUAUAUUAAGUGGCUGCUGAUGAGGUUUUUUCUGCAAGCAACCAUACAAAAUGCAAUUCAUGGAAUGAGUCUGCAAAAGGGCUAUCUUUAACCAAAGGGAGAAAAUGCAUUAUUUUAAAUCACUAAAAUGUACAGUCAAUGUUGCAAAUAUGAAAUGAAAGAAGGCAUGUGUAAGUGCUUCUAGUCAGACAAUUAUACCUUUACCUUACCAUCUGAUUCUAUAUUUUGUGUAUGUUUCUUAAUUUGUUUGUUUUGGCUUUUUUUGUUGCUGUUUGUUUUAUUUUUUGUUUGAAAUUUAAUUUCUGUUUUGCAGCAACCACUUCCAUGUUUUUGAGCUUACAAGACAGCUACCAAGGUAACAAUAUUUAUACUCUGUGAAAUAUUUUAAGAGACCUGCAAAAUUACUAACAAUAAGUGAUAACCUGAUUGAUACAGGUUGAUUCUAUAGAUUUAAAUUAGUUUUGGAAAAGAAUUUGAAUACCUCAAGCUUCAGUGGGUACUGAAUCUCACCUCCUAGUCAGAGUAGCAUUUGAACAAGGCCAGUCUAACAUUGUGCGAGCUAGAUCAUAUUCUACUAUGGCUGUCUUUCAACCACACAAGAGAAACUGAAAUUUGUGUGCCUUGAGAUGGAUUGAAGGGCAAUGUAGCUUUUUUCAUGGUAGUUUUCACUUAGUCUGUAAGGCUAAGAGGCAUGUAUUUUUCAUGUGGCUCUUUCUUCCCCAAAACACUCUAUACAUUAAUACUAGUACUACAUACUACAAGCGUCCUUAUUGGUAAAAAGCUACCGUUUAUUUCACUGAUGAACCCAUAUUUUUUUUUAUGAAUUAAAGCAAUACACUGCACUUUCUGUCUAUUUUCCUGCCUAAUAAGCCACUUGGGAUAUGGGGGGAACAUUUUCACGUGGGAAGAACUUUUCACGUGUUCUCCCAACAUCCCGAGUGAGUUAUUAUGCCGGUAAACCUAUUAAAUCACUACUUGAAGUAUGAUUCAUUUCCAAACUCAAUCAACAUCAUUUCUGUUGUGUAGAUUCACCCUGUACAUACCUUGCCCAGAUGGUUAUGCUGAACCAAAAUCCAGCUGCUGCUUCCAUAUUAAUGAAAGAGUGAACAGGGUAAGCCCACUACAACGACUAGCAUCUAAUUUCUCCUCAUAAUAUCACGCCUGAGUCACACUUUAAGGUCACAAGAAUAAAGGAAAUGACCAUCAACUGAAGAAGCUCUUGAUUGUUAAACAAAGUCUCCUUGUCAAGACAUUGGGAAAAGUUUAGGAACAGGAUGGAGAAUAUGUUUACUUUUGUUAGGGUGUAAAUGUUUAGGUAAACGCGGAUAUCUGAUCAUUGCUGGUAACUGACCUCUAUUUUCUGGUUCCUGCACAGGCUGUUAUGUGGCUAAAUCAGAAUUUUCUCCUCCCGGAUGAGGUAGAGAGUAAAGAUGGCGACCUUGACAUAAUGUUCUUGUCUCUGAGAACUGGUAACCCCUUGGCAAUCAAAAUGGAUCAAAGUGGAAAUGUAAGGAGCUGAAUUGAUUUUAGUACACCAUAGCUACAGCUGUACCAGUUCUCAUGCAUAGAGUGGCUAUCUUUUCUCUGGACUAAAGUUUAACGGAGAAACUCAGGAAAAUUCAGGCUUCGACAGGAUUCGAACCUGUGCCUAGUUGCGUGCUAAUUGGUAGUAGCGCUUAGGCGGAACCAGCGGGAAGCUUAACCUUUUUGCAGUCAAAUCUUUGUAAUUAUUUACUGAUAAUAAAAAGCACUCAGGAGGGUAACUCCUCCUUUCCUAGUAAACCUCGGCGAGACCUGGUUUUGAACCAGAGCUUGGGGUCGAUUUUUUUUUCUGCGAUUUUUUCAUGUAAGCACAUUUAAAUUACCCACUUUUUUUCUUAGCACGCUUUUAGAGAAUUCAACAAGUGGUACCAAAAAAAGUCCAGGUUCGUGUUCAGAAGCCCUUGUCUUUAUCUUUAACGAAAUGUAAUAAGCUGCUCACUACAUAAGUGAAAACUUUCUGUUAGGCUGUUGGAAGGCUAGGUUAUGAUAUUACAUACAAAGCAAAUUUGUAAAAUGAGGGGAAUGUAUUAAAACGUAUCUGGCAGGCCUAAGUUUUUUGUUCUGUCUAGGUGAGUGUCCAAACAGAUGACAUGGAUUUAGCAGGUGAUAUCAUUCAGGCACUCGCAACCUUCCUGGGAAUUGAGGUAAUUUUUCCCUGAACAAUAUAAAUAGAAACUCUUUUUUCAUUGUCACUUUGGCAGCUUUCAUAACGACCAAUUGAUGGUUUUGUCCAAGUCCUAUUGGGUUUGUUGUUUCUGUUUGCGUUGGUUUCGUGAUUCGAAUGCAGCUUUCUUGAUUGAGAACAGUGUCACUCCUUAGAGAGCAGCGAACCUGAAUUGCUUUUCAGUUGUGAAGAAGUUACCUCUAAAGUGUCUCUAGAGAAAACAUGUCGCUGUUUUCUGAAAGUAAAUUUAACUUAACACUGCUUUAGAGAAGAGCUAACCACUUCGCCAUACGAUUUUACUCCAGGACUUACAGACCACUGCAGAAUUUCCGGAGCAUUUGGAAGAACUUCGUGCGGUGUUGCUUAAGGUAAUAAACCUAAACAAAACUUAUUAAAACAGUUCCGGAUUAACAUGACGAAUAUGCAAUGUUGUUCAAAGCGUUAUUUAACCUAACUGUAUAUCUGGCCUUAAAACCAAUCAAUCAAUUUUCGCGCUAUUUUUUCGGACACUUUAGGUCACGUUGUGUAGAAUCACCACACAUUCAUCACGCAAUAACCCCCAUCAUUGUUCUCCGAUUAUUUACGUUGAAAAGUAACAAAGCCAGUUAAAAAAAAACUUGAGCCAGCUCAAAAUUUUUAUCAUUUCACCUCCAUCAUUUUACACGGAAGACAAAUAAACUCGUUUUGUAGAAUUUACUGAUAGUGAUAUUAAAAAGCUGGACUCAAAUGCGCAAUCGCCAUUAGAUCAACGUUGACUUUUUACGGGCGCUGUUUGCAAGAUAUAAAAGUUGUUGGGUUAGGAGGAUUCUAUAAUCGAUAAACCUCUUUCCGGCCGGUUUGUCGGAUGACAAUGUUCUUGGUGAGAGAUUGUCCUCAGAAUUUCACAUUUUCUCUCGAAGCGUCGUUUCUUGACCAAAUGUUGAAAGAAUAAAACCUUUCGGAUUUUAUUCUUUCAGUCGAAAAAAAUUAAAUACAUGGGACUGCAUUGUUUUUGCUUUGGUUCGCUUUGUAAUUCAUUUAAAUAAUUCUGGCAAGAGAAUACGUUCUCUUAGUGAUGGUGGUACCAACUUUCCAAUAAAUCAGUUGCGAUACUAAAUCACUGUGACUGGGUCGCUUCUAUUUUCCCGCCGGUGGGGCCCGCUAACUGUGUUCAAAAUGCGUUCUCAUUGGAUCCAUCUAAUGUUUUCUACUUGAUUUGAUUGGCUGUCGUGAAUACUUUUGUUUCACGGCACUUAACCUUAAAACACUGUCUCGGGUGUUUGAUCACUGACGCGAUACAUGCCUUCAAAUUAUCAUCCUUCAGGUAGACGAGCUGCAUGCUGUGAGACAAAAACUGACAGCUGAGAUGGCAGAUCACUCCAAUUUGAUCAGAAGCUUGGUUGUCAGAGCUGAAGAUGCCAGAUUAAUGGGAGACAUGUGAGCAUGCUGAUUAAUGUUGAUUAAUGUUACCCGCCCUUUUGAGAUGUAGUGGUCUUAUGCAAGCGCACUUGAUCAGCUGCAAGUGGUGCAAAAGGGGUCUGUGCCCGGAAGAGGGGUCGCAAGGUUUUCCCUCUGGGUCAAGGGACAUGCUCCCUCAGAAAAAAAAGUGAAAUCUAGAGGCUUGGAAAUGUAAUUUUCUGCAUUCUGGUCGUCAUGAAGAGUAUUGUUUUAAAUUUAAUAUUUAUUGGCACCUCUAUAAUUUGCCUGUCAUUUCUGAGUUAAAGAUCACUGUGUUGUUUCCUUGGGUUGAAGCUCUCAAGUUUUCCUUAGAGUUUCUCUGUGCUACUGAACGAUUAGCUUUCUCUCUCUUUAUUCCUCGUGGAAAUUUCAGUGAUAACUCCUUUAAUUUUUUGGUUAAUAAUUCACUCAAACCGUUCGCGGCUGAUAAAUUUAUUCCUCAGAUUUCAUGUUUGUUCUUACUUUCUUUGUAGGAAAAACAUGAGAAAAGGCUACAUGGAACUGUAUGACCUGAACAGAGAUUUAAUCAAUGGCUACAAGAUCAGAUGUAAUAAUCACACAGAGCUUCUGUCCUGUCUAAAACUUGUCAAUCAGGCCAUCCAACGAGCUGGAAAGCUCAGAGGUAACGGAUUAACUCAAUGCAUUAACCCCCUCGCUCUCAGGAAUGAUCAUGUGCUACUUUCUCCCCACAACUCUAAGACACUGUUCAGGAGACAGGCGAUGAGAGUUAAGCAAAUUAUCUGACAGAGGUUAUUUUGAGAUAUAACUCUCAGAUUCUCCUCAAGAGCCUUCAGAAAAAGCAUAAUCAUCAGUAAGGGAGUUAACUUUGAAUUCGUGCGGAUGACUGAAAGGAUUAAACGAAAAGCAUCCAAAUAGUUUGGCCAGUUGCUGGAGAAAAGUAAGAACUUGCAUUUUUGUCCUCACUUAUGGCUCUUGUAUGAGCCCUCCACCUUUUUCCUCUUAUAAUCUGCCCCCUCAAACAAGCCCCUCUCCAAUUGGCUCAAAGCUCAUGUGAGCCCCUUUCACAUAAGCUCCUCUAGAGAAAUUCUCUCUCUUAAAUGAAUCCUCUAUCUGGAUGACCUAUGUAUUGUUAAGUAUUAUUAAGGAAUGUUGUACAGCUUUCAAAGAUGCUUUAUCGUCAUCUAAUCCCUGAUUUUUCAUUUUCCUGCAGUGGGCAAAGCUAAAUCUCAAGUUAUUGCAGGCUGCCGACAAGCGAUCAAGAAUAACAAUGUCAACGGCUUGUUCAAGAUAAUUAAAGCUGGUUCCCUGUAAAGUCUCACCGUCACAGUUCCUAAAGCAUUUAUUAAACUUCAGAGGCCGGUUUUUUAAAUGACUUUUGAAUCCGGCUGCGGUUUAGACAAUCGGUAGUCCCUUGAGCUCUUUGCAUGUGGGUUGUUGGAAUGAAAUGCGUGUUUUCCAAUGUUCAUUAGAACCGUCCUUGACAUUGCUUUAACAAAAUCAACAUUUAGAUUCAACGUUUGCCUUUAUUGAGGGCUGUUUAAAACCUGGUCGUGGUAAAACGACGUUAUGUUAGAUGGUCUUCAAAAAAUUAAUUAAUUUAUGAAGAAGAGGUAAAUUGUACUUGCCCUACGGGCUCGUGCAAUUUUGUUGUCUCUGAAAGAUUUCCUUGUGCUUAUUAACACCAAAUUGCACUCGAAAUUAUGUCAUUAUCUAUUCUUAGUACUGAGUGCGUCUGCUUUACAGGCUACAUUAUUUUAAAGGUGCGCCCACAGAAGUGGUGUAACCAGCCGGUUAAAAGCCUUUGAUGCUGAAUCUUGAGGCAGUCUCGAGAGAAAUGAGAAUGAAAUUGUGGAUUAAUUUUUCCUUCGUUCGCUGCUCCGCAGCCUUCAUCUUCUUUGAGUGCCCACAUUGUAAAUAGUAUCAAGGCGCAAGGAAUGCUUAUUCAGUAAAGGCUGUAAGAUUUGAAAAAUUGAUCAAAUUUAAAUGGUGGC